UUUCACUUCUGCACUGUCUGUCUCACACACACAAGCACACUCCUACAGGCUCAUCUGGUCCAUCAGCAUGGGUAGCUUCUUGGCAAAUGAAGGACUUUCCAUCGUUGUCAUUCUGGUAUGGCUGGGCAUCAAUGUGUUCCUGUUUGUGCAUUUCUACAUGGCGUUUCUGAUCGAUAGGUGGUUCUACACCAGAGCCAUCCUCGGGCAUGCUCUCUCCUGGGCGAGGGCUCCAGCUGCCUGUCUGAACUUUAACUGCAUGUUGAUCCUGCUGCCAGUCUGCCGCAACCUGCUCUCCUUCCUGCGUGGCUCCAUACAGUGCUGUUCCCGUACCGCUGCCCGCCAGCUAGACAGAAACUUAACUUUCCACAAGCUGGUGGCGUACAUGAUUGCCUUCCACACAGCUGUGCACAUCAUCGCUCACCUGUUCAAUUUCGAGCGCUUCAUGGAUGCUCAGCUGGAGGCCAACAUGAGCUCCCUGCCCCACGUUCUCUCUCUGAUUGGGAACAAGCACAAUGAGUCCUUCCUCAACCCCAUCAGGAACAACCAGACAAGUCCGACAAUCGUGAUGUUCACCACAGUGGCAGGACUGACGGGCGUGGUCAUCACUCUAGCGCUGAUCCUCAUGAUUACCUCCUCCAUGGAGGUGAUACGCAGGUCCUACUUUGAGGUCUUCUGGUUCACACACCACCUCUUCAUCAUCUUCUUCAUUGGGCUCGUGCUGCAUGGGAUCAAACGUAUCGUGCGAGGCCAGACCCUAGACAGUCUAAAGAAGCAUAACCCUAUAACGUGUCACAGUGAGUUUGAGAGGUGGGGCUUAGACCAAGACUGCCCUGAGCCCAAGUUCAUGGGCAAUCCGCCAGGGACAUGGAAGUGGGUUGUUGGGCCAAUGUUUCUGUACCUGUGUGAGAGGCUGGUGCGAUUCUACCGAUCACAGCAGAAGGUCGUCAUCACCAAGGUGGUGAUGCACCCAUCUAAAACAUUGGAGCUGCAGAUGAAGAAGAAGGGCUUUAGAAUGGAGGUGGGCCAGUAUGUAUUCCUGCAGUGCCCAUCCAUCUCACAGCUGGAGUGGCACCCCUUUACCCUGACCUCUGCCCCCGAGGAGGACCACUUCAGUGUACACAUCCGCCUGCAGGGAGACUGGACUGAGGCGCUGUACAUAGCAUGCGGCGGCGACAGGACCAGACUGCAGGAGGCCUGGGAGCUGCCCAGGAUAGCGGUGGACGGCCCAUUUGGCACGGCCAGCGAGGAUGUCUUCCGCUAUGAGGUCGUCAUGCUGGUGGGCGCUGGCAUUGGAGUAACUCCCUUUGCUUCCAUCCUCAAGUCUGUGUGGUACAAGCAUGUUCAGGAGAACACUAACGUCUUCACCAAGAAGAUCUAUUUCUACUGGCUGUGUCGGGAGACACAGGCGUUUGAGUGGUUUGCCGACCUCCUGCAGUCCCUGGAGCGGCAAAUGAUUGCGAAGGACAUGAGAGACUUCCUCACCUACAACAUUUACCUCACCCGCUGGAGGGACACGGAGGCUGCACACUUCAGAGUCCACCAUGAAGCCGAGAAUGAUCCCAUUACUGGCCUGAAGCAGAAGACCCUCUAUGGCAAACCCAACUGGGAUACCGAGUUCAGUGCCAUCGCCACCAAUCACCCUGGGUGUAAAGUGGGUGUGUUUCUGUGUGGGCCCACCCUCCUGGCCAAAGACCUGGAAAAGCAGUGUCUCAAGCAGUCACAGGCUGGAGCUGAAUUUAUAUUCAACAAAGAAAACUUCUGAUCUACUGUCACACACUUCUACACCGCUGCAUUAAGAGAUGCAGGGUAGGCCAUUUAAAGGUAUAAUGUGUGAUUUUAAAAAUGGUAACAGGUGAUCUGUUAUAAGGACAAAGUAAGAAGCAACCUUGUUAUAAACCCUCAGGUACUGACUCACAAACCUAUAAGAAUUUUCAUUUAAGCCUGAGAACCAUGCAAGACUGUCUAUAAGAACGUUAAGACAAAUCUAUAUAGUUCUCAAAAUGAGUGUACCUGCCUAUUGACAUCAGUUUGCACUGAUGUAUUAUUUGUAUGUUUUGUUAAUGAUCUUUACAGGCUGAUGUAAACUUUAUGGGUUACAUUUCUCUUUGCACAUCUCUGUCAAGGAAAGAGGAAGCCUGUUUACUGUUUCUUAGCCAAUACAUUGCUUGACUGCUCUGCUAAAUUGUGAAAUUCUGUGAUUUUGUUGCAUAAAUCUGUAGAAAUUGCAUUCAGGGGCUUUUUAACAAGCAUUUCCUCUUUCACAAGUUUACCACAUUUGUCACAAACAGUAUGCUUACUGUAAUUCUAAAUGAUAAAUGAGCUUGAGGAAUGUUAGCUAAUGUAAAUGUAAAAUGGGCAUUUGUUAGAUGUGAGAAAUACAAGGCUGACAUGAACAUAAUCAAAUGCUGAACCAGUGAAUUACACAAAUCUUUUUAUUUUCAAGCAUUCAUAAAUACAGAGGAAAAGAAAAACACUGCAAAGUAAAUUUGCAUUCAUUUGUUGUUACAGUUGCCUUGUUUGUGGUCACAUAUACAUUGUAGCUAACAUUGUGAAACAGCCUUUAUACAUUUUUAUGGGUAGUAGUAGUAGUAGUUCCAAGUUUUCUGUCUUUGACAAAUCAUUUCUUAACUGUGUUUUAUGUGGUCUAUCUACUGUUUGUUCUAAUAAUGAAGAACGACUUCCAAAAAUGUAUGCAAUGUGCUAUAAAAUUUCCUUGAAGUUGAAAUUGAUGUUAAAUACAAAC